AUGCGUCACGUGAUCGAAGCCAUCAUGGGCCCCGGCGCCGCAGCCAUCGUCACCCGGCCGACCGUCAACGUCGGACCCAUCCGCAGCGGCCCCGAGGUCAACGUGAUCUCCGACGCGUGCAUCUUUGUGCUCGACAUGCGCCUAUCCGCCGGCCUCGUCCGCGACUGGGUCCUCGCCCUCAUCUACGCCCUCAUCCUGCAAUACGACGACGCCUGGGUCAAGCUCGUCGUUCAAGAGGCCUCCAGCAACUCGGCCAGCUACUCCACCCUUGACUAUCCCAUGGCUGCCCUACUGCCAGAUAAUUCCAAGCUGGUCGCCCCUGGCGCCGACAAGCCGCUGGCUGUCCCGUCAAUGAGGACCGUCGACUAUAAACACCAUCGAUACACAGACAUCUCUGCAUAUGUAUAUGGCUGCAGCCCCCAUACAAGUAAGGACGACUGUAGCGUCAUUGAACAAAGGAGAUCGCAAGAAGGCUGA